AUGGGUAAAAAGCAAAAGAAGUUUGUAGUGAACAUCUACCUCUAUAAGUGUCAAGACCUGAUAGCCGCCGAUAUGGACGUCGUGGGUGGCAAGAGUGACCCGUACGUGGUAUUUACACUAGACGGUGUGACCAAGAAGAGUUCGUGCAUUAGGAACAGUCUUAACCCGCAAUGGUCACCGCCUGAAAAGUUUCAGCUUGAAGUGGACGAGUGGGAGAAAAAGUUUCUUAUUGUGCAGGUGUUUGACUACGACCGACUGAGUAUGGAUGAUCUUAUUGGCUCCGCGGUGAUCCCCUUGGGGAUCUAUGCAGGCAACCGACAUAGCGGGAUGUACAGCUACCCGUUGGUGCUACCGGACGAGGUGGGUGGAAUGGGAGCUCUUAGAAGCGACUUGUUCCUGCAGAUUACCUUAACGAAUAGGGAUGGCAGUCCCGUCGAGUGUUACUACUAG